CUUGUGUCGGUCAACAAAACGUUGAAGCCGCCAUCGCACGUUGUCGCAUUUUAUCUAGGAUGACUAUGAGCCAGAAUCGAAUGAUCUAUGGAGAACUCUUAUCUUGCUAGGCUACCCCUGCCGAAUUCUUCUUCCACGCUAUGAGAGGUCUUAGGGUCCCAUUGAUACUGCCGUAAAAACGGCCCGAAACUGGAUACAUCCAGCGUCGUUUGUUCGAAGUUGUGGAUAGCGUAAUGGUCAAUUACGGUGGGACGAUAAGCUGAGAGUCUUUGUAGUUUUCCUUUCUGUGUAUUUUGUGCAUGACAUAUCUUCAUUAGGUGGAAACUUUUUGGUACAGAUGACUUAACUGAGAUAUGGAAAGGAUGGACUAGAGGCAUGCGGGUAGAAAAUCAGGGCAUGCCCACUAUGAAGCCAACGAACGCGUUGUUUGAGCGAGAUCUCAAGGAUGACCUCUCAGACGAAAAGACGUUAAGAGUACCUACUAUACGGAGGAUCUUGUUCGCGAGUUGCAGUCGUCUCCUGAAGCUACCAAAGAGUUGGAAGCUGAGUUUUUGCAACUGGAGGAAGAUCGACGCUUGCCUCGAAAAAUAUUUCCAACUGGUGAUGCCAAGAUCGUGUUGCCUUCUUGUAAUCUUCAACGACUUAUGUGGAAAGCUCAGAAGAUUUUCCACGUUGAAACAAGUUAAGCACCACUCGCAAACUUGUACAUCUGGCAAAAUGACGGAUUAUAUGGCGCAGAUGCUCAACGAGUUGAUGGGCCCUCAGCGAAACUCGUUCCCUGGAGAGUCGGCUUCUGUUUGGCUGAAGCUCCGCAACACUGAAAACGUUCUAGGAUUUUGUCCAUUUCCGAUUCACGACGAGGCUCUCAAGAAGCGAUAUCGAGAAAGCCACCGACAUGGGCGUCUUGGAUGCGAGGAAAAGUACCUGGAGAGAUUAUUUACUAUCAGCAACACGCAUGUGUCCAGUGAAGUAUGUGACAGGAAGAAGAAGGAUAUAAAUGAAAGAAGGGAGGUGCUUGGUAGGAAGACCGAAGGAUUAAUGCAAGAAGCUGAGAUUGAGGGACAGCAGGGGAACGUUGGAACAGCACAAAAGGCCUGCAGAAGGCGGAUAAGUUUGCGAUAA